CGAAUCUCCUUUGACUUUUGCAUGUAGAGUGGGACAACCUGACCUUGGGACCUUGACUAAGUAUAGCGACUCAAAGCCCUUGACCAAUUGCCAGCACCAUGGAGGACUACUCCGAGGUCCAAGUGCAAAUCACUCGUCUAUUUGCUGGCUUUUUUGAGUAUGAGUUCGUCACACCAGGCCAGGGCACUUGGAGCUAUGCGCGCGCCUUGGAGGACUUGUAUGAGCCCAUCGAGGGCGACGGCAAGGCCUACCGCAUUAAGACGCGUCGUCUUAUGGUGGCUGAGCACCACCUUCGUAAAUAUGAUGAGGCGUUGCUGCAGCAGCUGCUUCAGAAGCCCCUCGAGUGCCUGCCAGCUUUCGAGGAUGCCCUUCAAAACUUCAUCAAAAGUGGAGUUGACCCAGUCCUCCUGCGCCUGCUGGAGGAGACUGGAAACACUCAUAUCUCGAUUGGCCUGAAGGGCGAUUUCGGUCGCCACGAGGUUUCGCCCCGUGAGUUGACGUCCGCAUUCCUCAACAAGCUGGUCGCCGUCUUCGGCAUCGUGACCAAGGUCUCCCUGGUCCGCCCCAAGCUGGUCUCCUCCGUGCACUAUUCGGAGGCCACCAAGCAGUACACCACCCAGCAGUACCGCGACGUAACAUCGCUCCGCGGCGCUCCCACCAACACCACCUACCCCCAGUUUGACGCCUCGGGUCACCCCCUCUCCACCGAGUUCGGGCUGUGCAAAUACAUCGACAACCAGACGCUGCACAUCCAAGAGCUGCCCGAAACCGCCCCGCCCGGCCAGCUGCCGCACUCCACGGAGGUGGUGCUCGAGGGCGACCUGGUGGACUCGGCCAAGCCGGGAGACCGAGUUGCCAUCGUCGGCAUCUACAAGCCGCUGGCGGGCAAGCAAGUCGGCAACGUCACCGCAGUCUACCGGGCUGUGCUGGUGGGCGUCUCGGUCCACAAGCUCAACAAGGACAGCCAGACCAAGGUCACCAUGGCGGACGCGCGCGAGAUCAAGAAGCUGGCGCAGCGGCCCCGCGUGCUGGACCUGCUGGGAGGCUCGCUGGCGCCCUCCAUCUACGGUCACGACAUUAUCAAGAAGGGUCUGGCGCUGAUGCUGUUCGGCGGCCUCGAGAAGACGCUGGAGAACGGGACGCACCUGCGUGGUGACAUCAACGCGCUCAUGGUCGGUGACCCCGGUGUGGCUAAGAGCCAGCUGCUGCGCGCCGUCAUGAAUAUCGCCCCGCACGCCGUCUCCACCACGGGCCGCGGCUCCUCGGGUGUGGGUCUCACCGCUGCCGUCACCACGGACGGCGAGACCGGCGAGAAGCGCCUGGAGGCCGGUGCCAUGGUGCUCGCCGACCGCGGUGUGGUGUGCAUCGAUGAGUUCGACAAGAUGAGCGACCAGGACCGUGUGGCCAUCCACGAGGUGAUGGAGCAGCAGACCGUCACCAUUGCCAAGGCCGGCAUCCACACCUCGCUCAACGCCCGCUGCUCGGUGCUGGCGGCGGCCAACCCGCUGUACGGAUCGUAUGACCGGCACAUUAGCGUCACGCGGAACGUGAACCUGCCCGAUUCGCUGCUGUCGCGUUUCGACAUGCUGUUUGUGGUGCUCGACUCGAUGAACGAUGAGCGCGACCGCCAGGUGGCGCUGCACGUGCUGCGCCAGCACCAGUACCGCCCGCCCGGCGACGACGGCCGUGGUGUCGCCAUGCAGGAGACCAUCCACGACCGCCGCCUGUCCAUUGACCAGGACCCCGAUGACCUGCGCAUGUGGCUCAAGGUGGACACGCGCCUGCACGGCGCCGCGGCUGAGUCCGAGCAGCAGGUGCUCACCACAGAGUUCCUGCGCAAGUAUUUGAUCUUCGCCAAGCGCAAGUACGCCCGCGCCGCCGCCCAGGCCGCCGCCAAGGGCGGUCCCGGCUCCGCUCCCUCGCUGGUCAUGGAGGAGAGCGCCGUCAAGCGCAUCGUCGACUACUACGUCUCCCUCCGCGCGCUGUCGCCCACGCAGCGGAACUUCCCCGUCACGCCGCGUUGCCUGGAGACCAUCAUCCGUCUCGCCACGGCGCACUGCAAGGUCCGGCUGGGUGACGUCAUCAGCCGUACGGAUGUGGCUGUUGCCUGCGCCCUGAUGGAUCACGUGAUGCGGCGGGAGAUUGUGGGCGAGGAGGCCAACGCGCCCAAGGGCAACCCGGCUGCGCGCCGCGAUGGCGAGGAGGGCGGUGAGGACGAUGGCGAUGACGAUGAGGAUGGCGGCGACGGCGCGCAGCAGGCGGCGCAGGACGGCGACCAGGAGAUGGAGGACGCUGCUGCUGCUACUGCACCGGCAGAGCAACCGGCUGAGCGUCCGCGCCGUGGCAAGCGCACGCGGGCCGAGGAGGACGGCGAGGGCCCCAGUGCCUCCGCUCCCUCUCAAGGCGCUGCACCCUCGCGCCGCCGCACCGCUCGCAAUGCCGGCAACGGCGUGUCGAACGAGGUUGCCGCAACGCUGGCUGCGGCAGGCGUGCAGUCCGUGCCGGACGGCCACGAGGAGGCGAUGGCGGCGGCGGCGGCGGCUGCAUCGGGCAGCGAGGCCUUCCCGACGCUGGAGUCGUUGACGGCGGAGGCCAAGGCCGCUGUUGUGUCCCAGAUCGGCGCCAUGCUGGAGGAGCGCGGCCGGGACGAUCUGGUGGAGGUGUCGGACCUCAAGCGCAUCUUGGAGGCCAAGGGCGUGUCCAUCUCCUCCGCGGCGCUGGAGGGCUACCUGCUGUGGGUCUCUAACAACCACGACAUUGAGAUGGCCAAGGGCAACUACCUGCCCGACAUUGCGUACGAUGUGGACAGCAAGAUGUUCAGCUUCAUGUAAGCUGGUUCUGGUGGCUUGGCGCUUGUGAGGAGUGGGCUCGGGUGACACGAGGCCAGGGACGUGCGUAGCUCGUUGUUUGGUCGAAGCGUUUACUGAUGGUGAUUUGCGUGCUGUUGCGAGCCUGGUGACCUAAUGCUAAGGGUAAUGAACGAGGUAUGCUGGUAUUGAGAAUUGGAUGUUGGGGGCUUGCGUAUGUAGUCAGCUUAGAAGCAGGCUUUAACAGAUUUUGUCCAGACUCGGUCGAUGCCACUGCAUCCCAGACACGAGAUAGGUUCAGGUGUUAGGUACUGCGCGCCCUAGUGACUCGCGGAGGCAAAGGCCCAUCGGCCCGCAGGUGUCGAACUUGGUUGAGCGGCGGGUGUUGCAUUGUCUUGCCGCAUAGAUGCGAUGUGUCCGUAGGAGGAUGGGGCGAAUGCAAUCCACUCUCCGUUGUUACAUCGUUAUCGAAGGCUGUUGCGCACUCUGUAUCUGAGGAGUAAAUGAGGAACAAUUGGAAGUAGUUAAAUCUGGGAACAAGCCGAAGGGCAUGAGUGAGUAACGACAUGAACAG